AUGGAUUAUUACGAUCUAUCCUACGGCCGAGUGGGUGCGCCGUUACAGGGAGUGCGAGUCAAGUUUAUCGACUGGGAAGAGGGUGGGUAUUACCGCACGGAUCGGCCGAACCCCAGGGGCGAGAUAGCGAUUGGCGGCGAUUCAGUGGUCACCGAAUACUAUAAACUCGGCGAACAGACUCGGGAGGCGUUCCGGACGGACAAACAGGGCGUGCGUUGGUUUAACACCGGCGAUAUCGGCCAGAUGUUUGCCGACGGCACCAUUGCGAUCAUUGAUCGGCGCAAGGAUUUGUUUAAAUUACAGAAUGGUCAAUAUGUUUCGCUUGAAAACAUCGAGGCGGCCCUAAAGUCGUGCCAAUACGUGGACCACAUAUGUGUGUGUGGGGGCGACUAUAGCAACGAGUUGACGGCACUGGUCAGCCCAAAUCGAGCGAAUCUCCAUAAACUGGCCAAAGAGUUGGGCAUUAAGGGGUCAGAAGUGGGCGACCUGUGUGUUAACCCUCAUCUUCGGGAACGGAUCUACGCGGCGAUCGUACGGACGGGACAGUCGGCCGGUAUAUCAACAAAGGAGAUACCGGUGCGCAUACAUCUGGUGCCGGACGAGUGGUCGCCCGACAACGAUAUGAUGACCGCAGCCAUGAAAAUGAAACGCAAAACUGUGGAGAGAGUGUAUCGCAACGAAAUUAUGGGAGUGUUGUUCGCCAUACAAUUGCAGCAGGUGUUCGAAAAGUCACUCGACCUGAACGCCACGUUCGGCCAAAUCAAGUGCCUAACUGUAGGCAUGUUUAAGGCGUACGCCGGCGGCGAUCACGAGCCCAUACGCCAGCAGUUGAGCAACGCUUUUUCAUUGAGACCCUUAUUAAUACUGUUUUGCAUAAAUAUUACCGUGGUGGUGGCCGAUGGCAACAAACUGAUCCAGACCCAACAUGGUGACAAAGAGGUGAAAAUUGUGCGCGAGUUCAACGGCGCCGAACUCAAAGUGACCGCAUCGGUAGGCAAUGUGGUCUCUGUCUGUAUCUACGCUAAACAAUAGGGGUGUUUGCCGUAUGGGGUCGGGCUGUAUGGGGUUAACCCUAUUUAACUCAUACGUCUCCUUAACCAUCUGUGUUUUCCGC